ACAGCGUCUUGCGUGAUCAGCGUGUUGACGUCACCCGAGGGUCCCGCCCUGCAGCCCCGCCCCAGCCCGGCCGGCCUGGACCGCGGAGCCGGGUCUGCAGGCCAGCGGGCGGCUCGUGCCACAGAGGAGAUUGCUUCUCACUAGGGAUGGUGGAGUUGGAUGGAGACUCCUUCAGUCCUCCUCCAGGAUGAACCACCUGCCAGAAGACAUGGAAAAUACUCUGACUGGGAGCCAGAGCUCACAUGCUUCUCUGCGUGACAUCCAUUCCAUCAACCCUGCACAGCUUAUGGCCAGGAUUGAGUCCUAUGAAGGAAGGGAAAAGAAAGGCAUAUCUGAUGUCAGGAGGACUUUCUGUCUGUUUGUCACCUUUGACCUCUUAUUUGUAACAUUACUGUGGAUAAUAGAGUUAAAUGUGAAUGGGGGCAUCGAGAACACACUGAAGAGGGAAGUGAUUCAUUAUGACUACUACUCCUCAUACUUUGAUAUAUUUCUUUUGGCAGUUUUUCGAUUUAAAGUGCUGAUACUUGGAUAUGCUGUAUGUAGACUGCGCCAUUGGUGGGCAAUAGCGUUGACAACAGCAGUGACCAGUGCCUUUUUAUUAGCAAAAGUGAUCCUCUCAAAGCUUUUCUCUCAAGGGGCAUUUGGCUACGUGUUGCCCAUCAUUUCCUUUAUCCUCGCCUGGAUUGAGACAUGGUUCCUGGAUUUCAAAGUGUUGCCUCAAGAGGCAGAAGAAGAAAACAGACUCCUGCUAGUUCAGGAUGCGUCAGAGAGGGCGGUUCUCAUCCCUGCAGGACUUUCUGAUGGUCAGUUUUACUCCCCUCCUGAGUCUGAAGCAGGAUCUGAAGAAGAAGCUGAGGAAAAACAGGACACUGAGAAACCACUUUUAGAACUAUGAAUUCUGCUCUAUGAAUGUGAAGAACCCUCCCUGCAAGUAAUCCAAGGGAAACUGGUGGAGAUGCGGUUUCCUUGACACUGAAGUGGCGGACCCGCCCGUGGCCGGUUGGUGACGAGCUGAUGGGUUUGUUUAUGGUGAUACCUCAUGGACAUCGUUCCACCCUCACUCACAUCCUCCCUGCCACUGGCCGUUGGGUCAUGCUGUACUCCUCCUCUAUUCUGUGAGUCUCGGUCUGACCUGGUAAUGAAUAACUCAGUCUUGUGCUGCAUCUGAAUCAAAAGACUGCUUAAUAUAUUGACAUAACAAUUUUGUAGUAAGUGGGAUACCUUUUUAUUUCAAUUCACAGAACUUUUUUUUGUUUCAUGUCUCAGAUUUCUUUUGUAUUUCUUUUUUAACUCCUUACAUUUCACUUGUGUUUUUAAACUCAUGCCCAUGUGCUCUUUAUACAAUUUUAAAAUAAUAAAUCCAACAUAUCAAAUUGA